CUGCCCUCUUUGUACCGCAUGUGAAAGUAUGACAUAAACACAAAACACGUGCAGUAGUGCCGGAAUUUGUUUAUUAAUAAAUAUAAAAGUAUUUAUAUCUAUCUUUAAUAGACAUUUGUUACAACAUUGUUUUUCAUUUAAAUAAUUGAUAUCUAAUAUCAUUGAGUAGUAACUUUUAAGUUCUAACUGUGCUAAUUGAUUUUUAUAUAGUGUCUGUCGAGAUUGUUGUGUUUAUCUUGUUGGUUACAUUAGGAGGGAAAAAUGUUAAAAUUUUCAAAUAUGUCAGCGACUAUUUUUUAUUCAAAGUGUAUGCGGUUGUUUGUUAAAAAUAAAUCUGGGUAUUCAAAAAAAGCCGAAAAUAUUAAACGGCUGAUGAGAGAGCAAAAAGAGAUGUUUGGACCACUGUUGGAAAAUAGUAAGAAACGGAAAAAAAAAAAUUUGCCGUUACAACAAUCCGGUGCAACUGCCAUAUCAACAACAAAUGAUAAUGACAAUGAGAAAAAACUUGAACAAUUGAGUAAAAACUCGGAAUUUUUAUGGACUGUUAAAAGUAUGGGAAGUAAAAAAAUAAAAAUUAUUAAAGUAAGUGGAAAAGAAAAUGAAUUUAAUACGCUUUCACAUGAUAAAAUUGAAUUAGGUGAAACUAAAAUUACUGUUGACGCUAAUUCAUUGACUAGUUCAACAAAUUUUGAAGCUAAGUUAAAAAAUUUUCACGAUUCUGACAUAAUUAAAUUCCCAAUAUUUAACACCCAAAAAACUAAUGAGGAUAAUUGGAACACAUCAGAAAUCGUCACGCAGCCGUUGAUGGAAUCAAGAAAUUUUUCUCUGCCUGGGGUUACUAGAAUUUUGAGCGAAACUAUGUCGGAAGAAGCUAAAUUGAUGUUGGAAAAUUGGAAGAAAAAAAUGAUUUUGAAGUUAGGAGUUGAAGGAUUUGAAAAAUAUAGUCAGGCGUUACUGGAAGAUAGUAAAAUAAUACAUUCAUUAAUCGGAGAUACUUUGAAGAAGGAAAAAGUUGAUGUGCCAGAACGUUUGAAACCUACAUACAAUAGUAUCAAAUUGAUACUAAAAGAUAUAACUGACGUACGUUUGAUAGAAUCGCACGUUGUUCAUCCAACUCUCGGAUAUCGCGGAAUAGUCGACUGCGUUGCCUCGUACCGGGGUAAUUUAUGUGUCAUCGAUUGGAAAAAGUCUGAGAAAAUAAAAACACUGAGUUCAAUUUACGAUUCACCUUUGCAGCUGAGCGCUUACAUUGGUGCAUUAAAUAGCGACCCGAAUUAUCCAUUCAAGGUAAAAACUGGAAUUUUGGGAAUUGCUUAUGUUGAGGGCCAGCCGCCUUCAAUCUUUGAAUUUACCGGCAAGAAACUCGAAUUUUAUUGGAAAGAAUGGUUAAAAAGAGUUGAAAAAUAUCAUUUUAUUAAAUCCGCGUAGCUUUUCUCUGAAGAAUUGUAUACUAGGGUACAAUUUAAGCUAAACGUUUUCAGUCUUUUACAAGUCCAUACCCAUAUAUGUACAUAUGCAUAUUCAUACUCAUACACAUAUACCACGAGGUAACUGUUUGCCUUGAAAAUAUUAAAUUUCACAUUGCGUUUGCCUACAGCAAAUCAUUGUUACCACCUGCUCGUCGACAUACCAUAGUCUCAAGAGGGAAACUUAUUCGCCUCUUAAAGUACACCAAUUUCCUCAGUGAAAAUUUACGAAAGCGUUACACCAAGAGUUUUUCCAUUAAGAGUGUGAGGGACAUGUAAUAAGCAAACUUACUGUGUACCGGUCGUUCUACCAAAACACCUCACAAACUUUUUGUCCUAAAAAAUUAAAUAAAAAAAAAGUUUGUUAUUUUUAUUAAUGAAAUGUACACACUCCUGACUCAAACAGGAAUGAUUGCUCUUGUUACGGUUCUUUUAAUUUAAAUAACUGGUAAAAAUAAAUUAGUCGAAACAAAAUAAGCGAACAAAUAAGUAAACAAAUAAACAAACACGUAGGAUUAAAAAUAGUGUGGAUAUAAAACAAGGUAUCUAAUAAAAGGGUUUAAUUUUGUAUUUUCACUGUAUGCUUACUAGCACACGGCAAUUAUAACUUUUGAUACUGUACCCACAUAGCUCGUUGUCUAUAUGUAUACUACUAUCAUGCGAGACUGUUGUUACCCCUGGCGUUAUUCCGGGCCUCCAUAAACAUUCCAACCCUUCGUAUGCCCUUGGGAAUGGUAAACUAAUGGUGAGCCAGUCUUCUGCGGUUGCUGCAUCAAGCCAAAGUAUAAAAUUCUCGUCCUGAAAAUAUAAAGGCUGCGAGAACAACAAAUACUAAAAUCUUUAAGCAACUCCAUUCUGCUGGAUGGUAUGGAGCGAUAUAAAUACGACAGCCCAGAAGCAAAGCAAAAGCUAAGGCAGAAGCAGAAGUAAAAGCAAAAGCGGCUCUUGUGAAACGCGUGCGGUAACUCUACAAGUUUCAAUGUAUUAUAUAGAGAAGACUAUGUAAAGAGAUAUUAUCGCAAUAUAUAGUACCUUGGGUAAAGGACCUCUUCAUUACUGGACGCGGAAAUGAGACCAUUACUGAUAAACUGUAUCUUGAUGUUGUUAAUAUUGCGUUAAUAUGAUGGGGUUUAUUUUUUUGUCACGUCGAUUGUACAAUGAAAUUUUUCGACUUUUUUUUCAUUGUAAAUAUUAAUUUAAUGAUAGUCAUCAGUAAUUAUUGUUAUGAGAGUAAAUUUUUUAAAUGAUUGUUAUCAGUUGUGAAUGCUUUAAGUACGUACGAUAAAUACGAAUCAACACGUUUAGCAUGUCCCAGUGUUCAGGGAUCACUUUAAAUCUUCGGAGUUAAUCCAAACUAAUCCUCUGCUAAGUGGGACAUAUUUUCAUCGAAUCCUCUUUUACAUAUUCUUCAAUUUUAAAUCCCUUUAUUAUCUUAUUAAUAAUUUUAAAUAUUGUAGUUUAGUUUAUUGAAGUAAUAAUAAGCGGUUUACCUUUAUUUUCAAUUUGAAAUUAUAAUUUUAAUCAUUUAAAUAUACUACAGUUAAAAUUAAA